GUGAGCAGUCGCCGGUCGUCGGGGCGGCCGGCCGGCGCGGCGGCUCCAGGGCCCAGCAUGCGCGGGGGACCCCGCGGUCACCAUGUACGUGGGCUAUGUGCUGGACAAGGACUCCCCCGUGUACCCAGGCCCCGCCAGACCCUCCAGCCUGGGCCUGGGCCCUCCGACCUACGCGGCCCCGCCCGGCGCCCGCACCCCGCAGUACCCCGACUUCGCGGGUUACACGCACGUGGAGCCCGCCCCGGCGCCCGCGCCCCCUCCGACCUGGCCCGCGCCCUUCCCUGCGCCCAAGGACGACUGGGCAGCCGCCUAUGGCCCGGGCCCCGCGGCCCCCGCCGCCAGCCCGGCCCCGCUGGCCUUCGGGCCCCCUCCGGACUUUAGCCCGGUGCCCGCGCCUCCCGGGCCCGGGCCCGGCCUCCUGGCGCAGUCCCUCGGCCCGCCGGGCGCACCGUCCUCGCCAGGAGCGCAGAGGCGGACACCCUACGAAUGGAUGCGGCGCAGCGUGGCGACCGCAGGCGCGGGUGGCAAAGGUAAGACUCGGACCAAGGACAAGUACCGUGUGGUCUACACAGACCACCAGCGCCUGGAGCUGGAAAAGGAGUUUCACUACAGCCGCUACAUCACCAUCCGGCGCAAGUCAGAGUUGGCUGUUAACUUGGGGCUCACAGAGCGGCAGGUGAAAAUCUGGUUCCAGAACCGUCGAGCCAAGGAACGCAAAGUCAACAAGAAGAAGCAGCAGCAGCAGCAGCAGCAGCCGCUACCGCCGCCGCCGAUGCCCCCCUCACAGCUGCCCCUGCCCUUGGAUGACAACCCCACACCAUCAGGGCCACCCCUGGGUAGUCUAUGCUCCACCAGUGCAGGCCUUCUGGGUACCCCCUCCCCAGUGCCUGUCAAAGAGGAGUUUCUACCCUAGACCCUUCCAGCCUGGGGCCCAGGGAUCUAGGGACUGGAAUGCUGGGCACCCUGGCUUUGCAGGAGCCCAAGAAGCCGGUUCUGAGUUCCAGCCCUGCUGCUGACCUUUGGGGUCACUGUGGACAAAUUGCCUACCUAGGACAAGUCUCUUGCCAACUCCCUGCUUCCCUUGGCUGGGUCACGUGAUGAGCCUGCUGGACAAAGACCUCUUCCAGCUCCUGUGUCCUAGGCCAUGGGGUGAUGGGGAGCCACAGCGACGAGGUCUCAGUCACUUGAAGAGAUCUCAGGAUCCAGAGGGCUCGCUCCACAAGCCGUCAAGACAAGGCUGAGGCUCCACUUUCUCCUCCAGGGGCUCCAGAGUGAGGUGGGAGGCUGCUGCAUGGACCAGACUGGCCCUGGAGAGGAGUCAGUGUUGAGAGACGACGACGGUACCCAUGGGUCUAGACUCAGAUGUGAAGCGUCAGGAUGAUGUCAGUCCCACCUGUCUCCUCCUGCGGCCUCAUCUCCACCUGCCCUAGCACCCCAUGCUCCCAUGAUCUGUCCCCCGCCCCCUCCCCAAGCCCGGAGGUGGUCACAAAGCCAUCAGGACCAGGCCUGAGGUAAAGGUUGGGCAGUUGGUCACUGCUCUUGAGAUAGAACUUGUCCCCUCCCUAGUACUACAGGAAGGCCUGUGGAUGGAAGAGAAGCUUCUCAGGAUAGACUCAGAGUCCACUACCUACCUGCCCAUGCCCCCCUCCCCAAGGCAGUCCAUCACACCUAGGGAGCCCCCAGACCCUGGGGAACUCACAGCUGGACAGGGGUUAAGUAGAGUGGAAUCUCUUGGAUGCAGGUUCAGGAAUAAGUUUUUUCCUUUUUAAACAGUUUAUAAAAAAAAAAAAUCCUA